CGUCGGGUCAGUAUCAUGUGGUUCCUGUUUCAGGGACGUAUCGGGGAGGUCGCCUUAUCCACUGCAGGUUUAGCUGAAGAGCUUUGCUGUUGACACUUUUCUGUUUUGUGUCAUAAUGGCGGAUGUCAAACCGAUCCAUGAGCUAAGGUUUGAAGCCGCAGUCAAAGUCAUUCAGAGUUUACCAAAAAAUGGUUCAUUUCAGCCAUCCAAUGAAAUGAUGCUGCAGUUUUACAGUUACUACAAGCAAGCUACACAGGGACCGUGCAACCUCCCCAGGCCUGGCUUCUGGGAUCCUGUAGGCAAAUACAAGUGGGACGUUUGGAAUGGCCUGGGCAAUAUGUCCCGGGAGGAAGCAAUGAUUGCCUAUGUUGAAGAAAUGAAAAAGAUUAUUGAGACCAUGCCAAUGACAGAGAAAGUGGAGGAGCUGCUUGAUGUACUGGGACCGUUCUACGAAAUUAUUGAAGACAACAAGAAAAUCCACAGCGUGUCUGAUCUAUCUUCAGUCCAAUUGGAGAAGUUUGCUCAGUCACUGGAAGGCAUUGAAAAUAUGCUUACAUCAACCCCAAACCUCAAGGAAUUGAAUGGCAUACAGGAGGGCAGUGACAGCGGAGCAGAGUCCGAGAGUGAUAACGAGGAGGAGGAGGAGGAAGAUGAAGAGAAGGAGGAGUCUGAGAAAGGUAACCAGGAGAGGACAAGUCGAGAAGACAGCGGAACGGAUCUAAAGCUCAUGAUAGAAGACUCUGCAGAAAAGGAGAAAAUCCCCCUAGCUAACGGCAGUGUAGAGAACCAGCACCCCUCUGUAGUGAAUGGGUCUCCUAGCAACAGGUCAGUGUUGAACGGGAACAACUCAGAAGAGAAACUGAACCAAAAGAGCCAGACCCUGGAAUCUCCUGACCUAUCAGAUGUCAACAGUCACGUCACUGAGCACAGCGAAGAUGUUUCCAGUCUGCACCACUUAACAAGCGACUCAGACAGCGAGGUCUACUGUGAUUCUAUGGAGCAGCUUGUCCAAGAGGAGAGCUCUGAAGUAUUCCUAAACCAGGAAGUGAACCACAGCCAGUUGUCACCCAGGAUGGGCCUCCCUGAGCCAGUGCGGUUGUGCAGGGUGGAUGAGAACCAUGCAGCUGGGAGCUUACAGGGUGGAGCAGAGGGAGUGAAGCGUGGAGGGGAGGAUGGGAAGCCCAGCGGAAACGGGACACAGAAAGAGGGACUGGAAAAGACGGGAUACUCAGGACUCCAGCAACGGAGGGGCUCCAGGACACAGGCCGUGGGCAGAGGUGUCCAGGGAGUGCAGCUGGGCAGUGGGGGAGAUGGGGAUCGGUGGGGGACAGAGGACCUAGCGAGGGGCAGCCUCAAUGAACAGAUCGCUGCAGUCCUCACGAGACUGCAGGAGGACAUGAAGAGCGUCCUGCAGAGACUGCACACCCUGGAGGCACUCACCAACUCACAGACCCAGAAAAAUCAAGUGAACAUUCGCCUUUUACCAGAUUCCAUGUUGAGAGGCGGCCCUUGAAUUCGGAGCUCACCGGUCAUCUGUUAGCAUUGCUGUGUCGUGGUUCUCUCUCUCACAUGGUCUAUACACCUGGCUUCUGCACUACAGUGAUGACACUGCUAGAGAUAAGUGGACACCUAUAGCAACUACUGACACUUGAAAUGAAUCCAGUCAUUCAGAAAAGAGAAAAAAAAAUAAUGUACUCUUAAUUCUCUAGAAUCAAGCAAGGUUUUCAUUUUUCAUUUAUUUUAGAUUUUUGUAACGCUUUAUUGUUAGCAUUUAAAAUACUGCUAAUAAUUAUUGGAAGGAAUGCACUGACCAUGUACAGUACAGUACCGGUUAAUAGUUUGAUUGCACAUGUACUCUUUUUUUGAAAAACUUAAUCUGUUCAAAGCAUGCUGUUGUUUUAAUAGCAGAGGCUGUUUUAAGGCAUUAAUAUAUUUAAUUAUGAAAGACUUUAAUAACUGUAACUUCUUUCCUAUAUCCCACCAUCUCACACAGAAUAUCUGACGCACACCUCUGUCUUUAUCCAUAGUCUUUCUCCAGUCAAGCUAUUCCAUGUUCAAUACAGACUUGCAGUGAAAUGAACAGAUAUGAAACUCAGGCAAGUCAAAAUGGUUCAGAUCUCUAUUUUGAACAAAGGGUCCUUUAACGUUUCACUAAAAGAUUAUUUACUGUAGUUCUUUAUUAUAUUGUUAAUAUUAUAAGGAGGUCUUAACACUUCAAUCAAGCUUGACGUUAAAAAGCUUUGUGGGCUUAAUCUCAUUUUGUUAAAAGGUUGUAGACUUAGAGAUCAAAAAAAAUAUAUAUAUAUAUAUAUAUAUAUAUAUAUAUAUAUAUAUAUAUAUUUAUCAUUUUUGGAACUAAAUAAACAACCUGGUUAACUUUGUUUGUAGUAAUCUGUCUGUUUAAACUGUAUGGGGCCAAGUUUUUCGUACAGGGAGAGCCAUCAUGGUCUAGAAACAAGUUGAGUGGCCCUUCUCUGGUAUUAUUUUAGUGUGGUUUGUGUGUACCCUGGUUAAGUUUCAGUAAUAAUGAUGGCUAUAUUGAAAAAAGAAAUUCGAUUAUAUCAGUGGUUGAAACACAGAUAUGGAAUUGUAAUUCAGACUGGAGCUUUAAUCUCAACUCCAGUUUGAGGUCACUGUUCACAGGGAGGGUUGGUUUAAGCAGAAUAACCACCAGUCGAAGAUUAGUUUUCAGAGAUUGUAAACGCUGCCUUUCAUGAGCAGUGAAAAGAAAUGGGGACUGAAAAUGAAUAUUUAGGUCAUUAGUUAUGGCCACCAGCAACUGGAGUUAAUGAUCACAGGGCACUUGUUGAGGUGGUUAGUAAAGUAUGCUACAUGAAGUAUGCAUUGAAAUGCUUUAGAACAGAUUGAAUUAUAAUGUGCUUCAUGACUGAUACUGCACAGGUAAUCUUUUUUGUAAUGUAGUACAUUUUUGCAGAGUAGUGUAGUGUGGUAAAACUACCCCCUAGAUCUCUAUUCCUUGAAGCAGUGGAGUCACUGUAGAACUUUGGAGGGGAAGGUAAUUUGAUUGCUGCAGAGAUUGUCAGAUGUGAACCAUUCAUAGUUAAGAAUAACUCAAGGCUUUCGUUUUAUAUACAGUGCCUUACAUAAGUAUUCACCCCCCUUGGACUUUUCCACAUUUUGUAGUGUUACAACCUGGAAUUAAAAUUGAUUUAAUUAGGAUUUUUUGUCACUGAUCUACACAAAAUAGUCCAUAAUGUCGAAGUGGGGAAAAAAAUCUACAUAUUUUUCAAAAUGAUUUACAAAUAAAAAACUGAAAAGUCUUGAUUGCAUAAGUAUUCACCCCCUUUGCUGUGACACCCCUAAAUAAGCUCUGGUGCAACCAAUUGCCUUCAGAAGUCACAUAAUUAGUUGAAUGGAGUCCACCUGUGUGCAAUUAAAGUGUCACAUGAUCUCGGGAUUAAAUACACCUGAUUCUGGAAGUUUGUUAGAGAGCAUAUCUAAACAAACAGCAUCAUGAAGACCAAGGAGCUAUCAAAACAAGACCGGGAUAAAGUUCUGGAGAAGCACCAUCCCCACGGUGAAGCAUGGUGGUGGUGGCAGCAUCAUGUUAUGGGGAUGCUUUACAUUGGCAGGGACUGGGAAACUGAUCAGGAUUGAGGGCAAGAUGGAUGGAGCCAAAUACAGGGAAAUUCUAGAGGAAAACCUGUUUCAGUCUGCAAGAGACCUGGGACUGGGGCGGAGGUUCACCUUCCAGCAGGGCAAUGACCCUAAACACACAGCCAAAGCUACACUGGAGUUGUUUAAAAACAAGAACCUGAAUGUCUUAGAAUGGCCCAGUCAAAGCCCAGACCUCAAUCCGAUUGAGAAUCUGUGGCAAGACUUUAAAAUUGCUGUUCGCCAAUGGUCCCCAUCCAACUUGACAGAGCUUGAGCAAUUUUGCCAUGAAGAAUGGGCAAAAAUUGCAGGAUCCAGAUGUGCAAAGCUGGUAGAGACUUACCCAAAAAGACUCACAGCUGUAAUUGCUGCCAAAGGUGCUUCUACCAAGUAUUGACUCGGGGGUGAAUACUUAUGCAACCAACAAAUGUCUUUUUUUUUUUUUUGUUUAAUUAACUUUUGUGUCACAAUAAAAAAUAUUUUGCACCUUCAGAGUGUUAAGUAUGUUGUGUAAAUCAAAUGGUAAAAAUCCCAAUUAAAUCCAUUUUAAUUCCAGGUUGUAACACUACAAAAUGUGGAAAAGUCCAAGGGGGGUGAAUACUUAUGCAAGGCACUGUACAGUAUGAACUCCAUACUGUGUAUAAAAACUCAUGGAAUUUCCUCAUACUUGUAGAGCAAUGAGCUUUCCUCAUACUUGUAGAGCAAUUCUUUACAGUUUCAUUUAGUGUCCCUUAUUCAAUGAAUCGAUCCCUCAUACUACCUUCAGCAACAUUACAUAUAUAAUCACAAUUCAAACUCAUUUCAUUUAAAGAGCUGCUGUCAUUUUCACCUACCUUUUUAGUUUAUUUUUGUAUUUUGUUUUAAAGUACAUGGAGCUAACAAAAAUAUUCCAGUGACUCUAAUUUCUAUUGUCAUUACUUUGUAGGCUUUACGUUUUCUGUUAGACAGACACAUCAUUGUAAAUAUGCAUUUCAUCUAUGAAUGUUUUAAUUUAUUAAUGUAUUGUUUACAGUUGCUGCUCGUAGUUUUUUCAAUCCACUGUCACAAGUAGGAAAGCAGAGGUGUUUAACAAGUGAAUCAUAUGAGUAGCAUUGAAUACAAUGGGUGGUUACAGCACUGAGAAGGACAGCCAGAGCAUGGGGCUUCUGGGAGUUUUAAAAGAACUCAAACUCCCAGAAGCCCAUGCUCUGGCAGUCAUUCCCAGUAACCCCUGAGGAAGCUUCUUUUUCCAGUGAAUAAAGUUUGCAGUAUCCAUUCAUUUAUCAUGUGAAGUAGAAAACCAGGCAGAAGUGCAGCAAUGAGAUAUCUGCCAAGAGAAAUCAGUAAACUUUGUUCAGGAAUAAAAAAAAAAAAACACAUUACAAAUCUUAUUUUACAUGUGUGUCUUUUAUAAUGCAACAUGUAAGAUCUAUGCAGUGAUGGCAGUACAUAUUAGGUAAAUUGUGCUGGAAUUAUUUUGUUAGCUCUAUGUAGUUUAACAUUUUUUUUUUUUUUCAAGGAAUAGAAGGCCUCCAAAGGACUGAUGAUAAAGACCAUUUCAAGUUAUUGCUGUCCAUUGCAUUUACAUGUACAAUGCAUGGUGUUUUUAUAAUAGUCCUUGGAUGAGAUCAUGUUUUGUUCCACUCUACUUUGAAUUUACAGUUAAUAUGGUCAGCUACCCAAUAUUUUUUUUGUUUUUGUCUCAUUAAUUGUAGUGUAAAUUUUGUCUAAUAACAUGUUAAUAGUUGUACAGUACAGAUUGUAGAACAUAUGAAUAUAAAACUGAAAUAUUUUAAUUACACUGUGUUAAUAUAGCAGAGUAUAGAAAUCUAUAUAUUCAGUUACCUGAAAUUAUGCAUUGUGUAACAGGACUAAUUGAUAUAGUUCUUAAGCUGUCGAAUGAAACUUUAUGAAAAUGAAAGUACUAUUGCAUUGUUGUCUAUUUGCAGACAUCUUUAAGCAUGACGGACUAAAAUGAUCAAAAGCAUGAAUAAAGUUUUCAUAAAAUGUA